GCUCGGGCCCGGCCCGCGCCGCCUGCGGCCCAUGGUGCUGCCCACCUGCCCCAUGGCGGAGUUCGCGCUGCCGCGGCACAGCGCGGUCAUGGAGCGCCUCCGUCGGCGUAUCGAGCUGUGCCGGCGCCACCACAGCACCUGUGAGGCCCGCUACGAGGCCGUGUCUCCCGAGCGCCUGGAGCUCGAGCGCCAGCACACCUUCGCCCUGCACCAGCGCUGCAUCCAGGCCAAGGCCAAGCGCGCCGGCAAGCACCGGCAGCCGCCCGCCGCCGCCCCAGCCCCGGCAUCCGCUCCGGCCCCCGCCCCGGCCCCAGCGGCCGCUCGCCUGGACUCAGCCGACGGCCCGGAGCACGGCCGCCCGGUUACGCAUCUUCAUGAUACAGUGAAGAGGAACCUUGACAGCGCUGCCUCGCCUCAGAAUGGUGAUCAACAGAAUGGCUAUGGAGACCUAUUUCCUGGGCAUAAGAAGACCCGCCGAGAGGCCCCUCUGGGCCUCAGUGUAUCUGCCAAUGGGCUUCCUCCUGCCUCACCCCUUGAUCAGCCUGACAAGCCUCCUGGGGGAGAUACCCUGCAGUCUGGUGGAAAGCACUCCCUGGGGCUAGAUCCCAUCAACAAGAAGUGUAUGGCAGACUCAAGCAUCCACCUGAAUGGAAGCAGCAACCCGAAUGGGCAGUUUCCUCUAAUCCUGAGUAAGGAACUCAAGCAAGAACCAGUAGUUGACCUGCCAUGCAUGAUGAUUGCAGGAGCCGGAGGCUCCGUAUCCCAAAGCAAUCUUAUGCCCGAUCUCAACCUUAAUGAGCAGGAGUGGAAGGAGCUCAUUGAAGAGCUGAAUAGGUCAGUGCCUGACGAAGACAUGAAGGACCUGUUUACUGAGGACUUUGAGGAGAAGAAGGAUCUAGAGUCCUCUGGUUCUGCCACACAAACCCCCUUGGCCCAGGACAUUAAUAUUAAGACUGAGUUCUCUCCAGCAGCCUUUGAACAGGAGCAGUUAGGUUCUCCACAAGUGAGGGCUGGGUCUGCAGGACAGACCUUUCUGGGACCUUCCUCUGCCCCUGUGGGAACAGAUUCUCCGAGCCUUGGGAGCUCUCAGACUCUGUUUCACACCACUGGUCAACCUGGGUCGGACAAUCCCAGUCCAAACCUGAUGCCGGCGUCAGCACAGGCCCAGAAUGCACAAAGAGCCCUUACAAGUGUGGUGUUGCCUAGCCAGGGCCCAGGAGGGGCCUCGGAGCUGUCCUCUGCUCACCAGCUCCAGCAGAUAGCUGCCAAGCAAAAGCGGGAGCAGAUGCUGCAGAAUCCACAGCAAGCCACCCCAGCACCUGCCCCAGGCCAGCUGUCCACAUGGCAGCAGGCGGGGCCCUCCCACAGCCCCUUAGAUGUCCCUUAUCCCAUGGAGAAGCCUGCCAGUCCUUCUGGCUAUAAGCAAGACUUUACCAACUCAAAACUGCUCAUGAUGCCUAGUGUAAACAAGAGUUCUCCUCGGCCGGGAGGUCCCUACCUCCAGCCCAGCCACACGAACCUGCUGAGUCACCAGUCACCAAGUAACUUGAAUCAGAGCUCUGUGAAUAACCAAGGGUCUGUUUUAGACUAUGGCAAUACAAAACCCCUUUCUCAUUACAAAGCAGAUUGCGGGCAAGGCGGCCCUGGGUCUGGCCAGAACAAACCAGCUUUGAUGGCAUAUCUUCCACAGCAACUGCCCCAUCUGAGUAAUGAGCAGAACCCCCUGUUUCUGAUGAAACCAAAGCAGGGAAACAUGUCCUUCCGGUCACUGGUUCCACCUGGACAGGAGCAGAACCCUUCUUCUGUCCCUGUACCAGCCCAGACUGCCAACGUGGGAAGCCAACCUCCUAGUGUCUCUGUGGCCAGCACUCACAGUAGCUCCCCAUAUCUCAGCAGCCAACAGCAGGCAGCUGUGAUGAAACAGCACCAGCUGCUCCUGGACCAGCAGAAGCAGAGGGAGCAGCAGCAGCUGCAGCAACAGCAACAGUUCCUACAGAGGCAGCACCUUCUGGCCGAGCAGGAGAAGCAGCAGUUUCAGCGCCAUCUGACCCGCCCACCCCCGCAGUACCAGGACCCAACACAAAGCAGCUUUCCCCAGCAGGUUGGACAGUUCACAGGACCUGCUGCUGCUGUGACUGGCAUGAACAACUUGGGUCCCUCCAAUUCCAGCUGUCCUCGAGUGUUCCCGCAGCCUGGGACUCUGAUGUCAAUGGGUCCUGGACACGCUCCUGUUUCGUCUCUCCCCUCCAGCUCAGGCCAACAGGACCGAGGAGUGGCCCAGUUUACUGGGUCCCAGAGCUUGCCACAGAGCAGCCUUUAUGGCAUGACCUCUGGCCUAUCCCAGAUAGUUGCCCAGCCCCCACCACAGGCUACCAGCGCACAUGCCCACCUUCCACGGCAGACCAGUGUGGGCCAGAAUGCCUCUGCUCCAGCUGCCUAUGGACAAAACUCUCUGGGGAGUGCUGGUCUCUCCCAGCAGCACAAUAAGGGAACCCUGCCUCCUGGUUUAACAAAGCCACAAGUCCCAAGGGUGUCAGCAGCCAUGGGAGGCCAGAAUGCCUCAUGGCAACAUCAGGGAAUGCCAAACCUGAGCAGCCAGACGCCAGGGAACAGCAGCGUGAGCCCCUUCCCUGCAGCUUCCAGUUUCCACAUGCAGCAGGCUCACCUGAAAAUAUCUGGCCAGCAGUUCUCCCAAGCCAUGCCCAGCAGGCCCAUGGCCCCCAUGAAUUCAGCAGGUGCAGCAGGGUCACUGCUGCCCCCGGUGAGCACACAGCAGAGGAACAGUGCCCCUGCACCCGCACCUCCCCAAGCAGCCCCUCAGCAGGGCUUGCCUGGCUUAAGUCCUGCAGGACCUGAGCUGGGGGCCUUCAGCCAGAGCCCCACUUCACAGAUGAACAGCCGGGCGGGGCUGCACUGUACUCAGGCCUACCCUGUGAGGACCAUGGGCCAAGAGCUGCCCUUCGCCUUCAGCGGACAGCCGGGCAGCAGUGGGCUGUCCAGUGUGGCUGCACACACUGAUCUGAUCGACUCACUGCUGAAGAACAGGACUUCUGAGGAGUGGAUAAAUGAGUUGGAUGAUCUUCUAGGGUCACAGUAAUGGAGAAAUUUGUGGUGUUUUCCAUGUUUAGACAUCUUAUUUUUGUUCUCAGAUUCAAGAAAGAACAACUACUUUGGACCAAAAGCCCAUGGCCCAGAGAACUGGGCCAGUAGAACUUAAACCACGGCUGAGGCCAGCUCUGGUCAGUACCUGCUGGUCCGUUGGGCUGGCCCAGCCCAUUGGCAUCACUACCUGGGAUUGGGAUAGCAGGAUAGGGGUUUGAAUGGUGGCUUCCUACCCAGAUGACCAAAAAAGCCAGUGGAAACAAGCCCUGCCAUGUCAGACUUAUCAAAAAUAAUGUGCUGUCUUUUUACCCAAGAUUUCUCCAUUUGCCUCAAGGCUGGGAACAAAUUUCUGUUGAAAUUUUUAAAUAGAAUUAUUUGCAUUUUGUAGCAUAGAAGUAAUUGUUUUAAUUUAAGAUUUUUAAGCAGAUUAGGAUAGGUGGUGGUUGUAUUCAUAAGUGGCACUGGAGACCAAGGGUUUCCUUUUGAGUCGGAGCCUUUUCUGUUUCUGCUCUGUCAGCUUUCAUGGUCACUGGAAGUCAUUGCUGUAAGUAUAGACUGUGACUGCAGAUGCCAAAAUGAUCAGGAAGCCACACGAUGUUAGGUGUAGUGGUCCAGAUAGGGUCCUUCAUUAAAGCUCCUACUUCCUGGCUGCCAUUCACUCUUCAGGAUAUUGGGCCCCCAUGGAGCCCCCUCCAUAGCCUGGCAUGGCUAAAUGCUGAAGGUGGAGAUUUAGGCUCCAGCCUUCUGCAUCUCUGACAACCUGUAUUUACCACAGUAGAAGUGCCAUUCAGUUGUGCGCACAUCUUUUCUUCUCCACAUCAUCCCCAUGACCCUUCAGUCUGCCUCCUCAUCCUCUCCCAGCCAAAAUGGGAAACGGUGAUUUACUUUACUACAUUAAAAGAGGAAAAGUCAAACUCCGUAGGGAGCCUGAGCCUUGCACAGGUUUGGGGAAAGAAGGCUGCAGGCAGCCCACCACCUAGGAGUCACUUUAUUCUUUAUCCGCCAUGCGUCUGCUCCUCCCACGGCUGAUGAUUUGCACUUUUAAAGUGGCUUUAACACUAACCCACCCUUGCUAAAGAUGCGAGUGGAUUCUCUUUGAAGGUCUAUUGAUGGACGUGUCUUAGCAGAGAAACCAUGAACUAGAACAUGGCAAGGGGGCUGCUGACAGCACUUGCCGUAUCACGAGCAUGAUGGUGCGCACAGAGCAAGACCUUGAACAGGAUGGCAGAGGGAAAGGUUCUGCUGGAGUGACCUCAGUGCAGCUCUGCCCACUGUCCUGGGUCCCAGAACACUUCAUCCAGUGUAAAGAACUGAGCCAAGGAAAUGACAAGAGCAGCCUGCGCACUCAGAGGGUCGGAGGGACACACUGCUAACUAGUUUGCACCGGCAGUGCCUUUUUCACUGAGGGCACCUGUGCUCUCGGGUUCUCGUCUCAGCCAUUUCUCCUCCACCUGUCCUCCCCAGGAACUCAGUUCAGCUCUCAAAGAAGCAGGUGGAUCAUAUAAAGCCAGUGAAGACACCACCCUCUGGUAGUUCCCCAGUUGUAGGGAUAAGAGGGUGGCUUCAGCAGGUUCUCUACCAAAAAUAUGGCCGAGGGCUGGAGCCGGAUGCUGUUUCCUCUUCCAGCCUCCUGCGACAGCUGCCCACCUCCUGCCCCCAUUGCCCAGGGCACGCCAGCUGCCCUUGGCACUCUACCUUAGGCCCAGGUUGGCCGCACAGGCAGUGGGCAGCUCACUUGCUGCAGUGUCAUAGCAAUAAAAUGUGAUUCUUGGGGUCCCCCCAGAGCUGCCCACGGCUUUAUUUAUGAGUCUGGCUUUGAGGAGUUGGGAAGAGGUGACCCCACUUCCUCGCACAGCUCAUCUCCUCAGAGCCACGACUCAAGAAGAAAAGGGUGCUGGGACUUCCUUACACACAUGUGCUUUGUGUAAAUAAAUGUUUACAAUUUUAUAUUGAAGAUGAAUUAAGUGUUAGAGUGUCCAACUGUAUAUUUUUUACUUUUAUAGAUUUUAAAACUGAUCCUUUAUAUGUGUUUGGAGCUAUGAUAAGUUUUAUGGUAAGCAGUUGGUAUUGUGAACUUUUUAUGGUCAUCAAAAGUGCAGAAAAGUCCUAUUAAUCCCCUUAUUCUGCUUCCCUUAGCUCUGGUGUACACCAAAAAGUCUCUACUUUCCUGUGUUAUAAAAAUAAUAAAAAUAUUUUACUAGUAUGGAAA